UAGUAACGGCCCUGUGGAUUAACACGAAAAGAUUAAAAAGGGGAUUAACAAAAAUCAUGACAAUUCUGUAGGCAAAAUGGAAGAUUUUGACCGAGGUGACAUUUUGUCGUUUAGGUAUUUUGUAAUUUAUUUGGAAGUGGAUGGACAAUUGGCCACAAAAUUUUUUCGUCACAUACGCUAAAAUUUAAACAAUUCUAAUAUGUAGGCAAAAUGAAAAAUUUUACCUGAUGUGACAUUUUGACGUUUAGUUAUUUUGUAAUUUAAUUUUUGUUGGAUGGACAAUUGGCCACAAAAUUUUUUGUCACGUCACCAAAAUUUAAGACAAUUCUAAUCUGUAGACAAAAUGGAAGAUUUUGCCCGCUGUGACAUUUUGUCGUUUAGAUAUUUUGUAAUUUAAUUUGUGUUGGAUGGACAAUUGGCCACAAAUUUUUUUUGUCACAACGCUUAAAUUUUGAGGGUUGUUUAGUUUUUUUUAUUUUUUUUAAGUUUUUCUUUUCAAAGUUGAAGUAGAAUGGCAUCAAGUAUAAGUUCAACAUCUCCAAAAUUUAUUAUUAAUGAAAAUUACAAAAAUAAUGAAUUCAAAAAUAAAAUAAUUUCAAUUCUUGAAGGAAAUCAUGAAGAUUCUCAUCCAUUCCCGCAUUUUCAUCUCACAGAUUUUCUCACAAAUUUAUCAUUGGUUAAAGAUCUCAAAAACGAAUUGAAUUCUGUUGCUUGGAUACCAAAAAGUAAUGAUCUAUUAUCUUUAAAUCAGACUGUUGACAUUGCCAAUUUACUUGAAGAACACUACCCGAUUUUAUAUAAUUUUCGUCAAUUUUUGAUUAAUGAUGUAAGGAGAUGGCUUAUGUUAAUGACUGGUGUUCAAUUAGGCGAAAAGCUGGCAUUGACCGGAUCACGUUAUUCAAGUGGGGAUUGUUUGUUGACACAUGAUGAUAAACUUGAGGGCCGCGCUUUUGCCUUUGUUCUGUAUCUAAAUACUGAUUGGGCAGUAGAAGAUGGAGGCGAUCUAUGCCUUUAUAAUUGUGAUCAAACUACAAAAUUUCCUGAAAAGAUAAUCAAAAGAAUCAGACCUAUAGAGAAUAGUUUCAGCCUUUUCCGUGUCCAAAACAAUUCUUGGCAUUCUGUUUCUGAAGUUUUAAGUGAAGGAAAAGAACGUUUAUCACUCAAUGGAUGGUUUCAUUACCCUGAAGACGUGGAAGUUUUGUUUGUUGGGGAUUCCCCUGUUCUAGAAGAGCCUAUCCCACGUACAAAACCUUCUAUGGAUACAACGGUUAUUUUUUUAAAUAAAAUUUAA